AUGUGCACACUUGUGGGUGUUCCAACUAUUUCGAUGACAGAUGCAGGUUGCCAUGUCAUAUACGACGCAUACAUUUGGACGGGUGAAGUUGUAGCGGCAAUACUGGGCUCGAUCAAGAAAGGCACUGAUAUUUCUCGUGUCAUCCGUCUGGCCAUCGCAAUCGCCAAUGCAGUGAUCAGCGUAAUAAUGAUGAUACAUACUUCAGGGGGUGUUAUCGGGGAUUGUUUCACGGUGUUAAUACAAACUCACGUUAGCUACUUUGCAAGUUUUUUGGCUGUCUCUUGCUUCGAGAUCAGUUUAUUAUCUCUGACGCUCUCAGCGGACACAUAUUCCCUGGACACUCAGAUUAAUUUCGGUCUCUCUCAGAUAUUCCAGUUUGUGCAGCUGUUUGUGCUGGGACCACGCCUGAUCCUCAGUGUUCGAGAAUAUCAUGCUGAGCUCGUGGCCAACUCUGAUAGAGCAUCUGCUAUGACUUCAAUUGCUUUUCAGGAGCACGUCCAUGUGUCAACUAGCAGUAGGAGCGGGAGAAUUUGUUUUUAUUUAUUCAAAGUUUUGUUGUGGUACUUGCUUAUGAUGAUCAAGUCAUUUGAGUGA